AUGCGUGCAACGCUUGUGGCUGCCCUUUUGCUGCCGUGCUUGGCAACGCGGCCAUCGGAGGAUUUGCUGCCUGCUCUUUCCCUUCACAGUGCUGGUGGUGAAUUGGAGUCGAAGCAGUCCGCGAACCGGACGACUGAGAAUCAGACUGCAAACCAGACUGUGAACCAGACCGCGAAUCAGACUGUGCACCGCUCACUGCCAACCUUCGUAGGAGCAUCUUUCAUCGCAACUCACGAAGUGAGGAGCAACGCCACAACAAACUCGACAAGGGUCGAGUAUGAGCUGCGAACAGAGCAGGGUGGCCACAGCAAGGUAAUGCUGAUCUUCGUGGUCUUCUUGGGCCUGGGCUUUUGUGGAGUGGACCAUUGCAUAGUGGGGAACUUCAUCUUGGGCACCCUGAAAGCUCUCACCGUGGGCGGCUUUGGCUUCUGGUUCUUACUGGACUGGAUGUUGAUCGUCUUCAACUGCGUGAAUGAGUACAGCACCCUGCAGGGCUUCGGGUGGGAUGUCGCCUUUCGCCCAUGUACCAUUGAAGAUGCCUGCCGCAUCGGCCAGAUCACCUGCCUCCUGCACGCUCCCUUUGUUUACACCCUUAUCAAGGCGAAGGUGACGGGGCGCUCCAUGCAGUCCAGCGCCCAGCAGCCGGCCAUCAGUGGCAUCGCCUUCCUGCGGCAGAAGGGCCUCCUGUCGGAUUCGCCCUCCAAAUGGGAGCUGGAUCACGUCUUUGAGACCCUGGACAAGAACAAGGACGGCUUCGUCAGUCCCACCGAGCUCAAGGAAGGCCUGCGGGCUUUGGGCUGCGGGGACAUCACGGACGAGCAGGUGGCGCAGAUGAUGGCCGCUGCCGGAGCAGAGGGCAAGAUUCACAAGGUGGAGCCACUUGGACCUGGUGACCAAGGCGCGCCCGCGCGGAAGAGUGUGGCAGAUGCAGCGGGAGCUGCGGAUGCCGCCGCUGCUGCGGAGACCGCCGAUGAGCUGGGCAGCCUGCGACCUGAGGCCUUUGCCCGGCUUCCCGGGUCGCAUCUGCUCAGAACUUGCCAAGAUCUGGCAGUCCAGGCGCACCUCUACAAGCUGCACAGCAGGCUGAGCGAAGUGCGCUCAGGCAGCGAGUCGCAGAUAUGCGAAGACUACAAAGGACAAGCGUUCCGCGUGGACAACGGCUUUCUGCGGGCUGACUCAAUCGGCCUUGGCUUCCGGCGCAGCAAGUGCAUGCAGGAUCUGCUGCCGGGCGCCGUGGCGGCCUGGGGCAGCACGGUCCUGGGCCUGGAUGAGGGCGACGGCUGGCUGCGCGUGGGGUCCAAGUUUUUGCCCAUGUACGUGUCCGGCGUCCCGGUGGUUUCGCCGGAGGCAGCAAGCCGAGCAGGUUCUACUUGGUGCCCCAGCCCCAGCUCGCCCCGCAGCGACGUGAGCCGGGAGGAUGUGAGACUGGCAGGCCCGGCCUGGCCCGGCACCCUGGGCACCCGCGCCGCCCGCGCCGCCCGCGCCGCCCGCGCCGGCCGCCCGCCGCCAGCGCCGGCGGCGCCAGUGCCGACAGGCGGCUGGACCUGGCCAAUUCCCAUGGCGCCGGCCCAAUGCAACAUCGGGCUCUGCAGUGAUCUGGCGCGGAUGCUUCAGAAGUGUCAGAAGAAGAUGUCCAAGGGACUGCACCCCGGCGAGGAGCUGGCCAUGGUGGAGCAGCUCAGGAGGUCCUUGGCGGAAGACCUGGCCACCCACAGCCGCAGCAGCGCCUGGCACUACCUCCUGCAAGAGCUCAUGUUGACGCAACAGGUGCUGGAAGGCAAAUGCGCAGGCUUGAAAGCUGCCCUUCCGCGAGCGACGUUUGAUUCUCCCGGUGAGCUGAGACAGACUCCUUUGGCGGCAUGGCACAGCGCGGUCCCUGACGAUCCAGAUGUUUCGUCCACCAGAAGCGCGGCAUGUGACGAGAAGGAGCCACACAGCUUGGUAGGGGACAUCCUUGCUGAAGCCUGCAGG